AUGGCUUCUUCGCUCUUCUUGUUCACUCUCUCCUUCUUCUUCUACUUCGUCCGCUACUCCUCCGAUGAGGCGGUGGCGACCUACAUCGUCCGCGUGGACUCCAGCUCGAAGCCCUCCAUCUUCCCCACCCACUACCACUGGUACUCCUCUGAGUUCGCCGACCCGGCCCGGAUCCUCCACACCUACGACACCGUCUUCCACGGCUUCUCUGCCACCCUCACCGGGCCCCAGGCCUCCGCCCUCCUCCGCCACCCCAACGUCCUCGCCGCCUUCGAGGACCGCCGCCGCCGCCUCCACACCACCCUCUCCCCGCAGUUCCUCGGCCUCCGCAACCAGCGCGGCCUCUGGUCCGAGUCCGACUACGGGUCCGACAUCAUCGUCGGCGUCUUCGACACGGGCAUCACCCCCGAGCGGCGCAGCUUCUCGGACCGGGCGCUGUUCACUUCUUCUACAAAGGGCAGCGAAAGUUUUACUCUUGAAGUCCUCGAAGCCGAGUUCCCUCUCUGCCAUCACAACGAGCUGCACGUGAUCCACAGCGAGCUCGACACCGAGAGAAGCUGCUUGUGA